GUAAUUUUUCCCAUUUACAAAGAGUCCAACGUUUUAAAAACAGAAAAUAGACUUUAGUCUUAACCCGUAAUUAUAUCUAUUCAGGAGUUUUCGCAAACACCGCCUUUAUAUGUUCCACCACUUUCGGCAACCUCUUAAAGCCAACAAGGGCGGCGAAACAAUCUCCCCAACUUUUUCCGGCGGUCCAACGAUCGAGAGAGAAAACCCAGACAAAUGGAAUCCGAGGAACCACUCCUCCUCCUCCUCGUACCAGACAACGACGACGCACGAGAAGAAAAAGAUUCGACGAAAAAAUGGGAAGCGUUUGUGAGAGAGCUGAACAUGGUGAGCUACAUAGCGAUGCCGAUGGUGGUGGUGUCGGUGUCGCAGUACAUGCUCCGGGCGGUGUCGCUGAUGAUGCUGGGCCACCUCGGCGAACUCGCACUCUCCGGCGCCUCCAUCGCCACCUCUCUUUCGAAUGUCACCGGUUUCAGUCUCCUUACUGGAAUGGCUAGUGCAUUAGAGACUCUAUGCGGACAAGCCUACGGAGCGCGGCAAUACGAAAAAGUCGGAAUUCUGACGUACGGAUCCAUAAUAUGGCUCUGUCUCGCAUGUUUACCAGUAUCUCUAUUAUGGAUUUACACGGAAAAUAUUCUAAUUCUACUCGGCCAAGACCCACUAAUCUCUGCAGAAGCCGGAAAUUUUUCGAUUUGGCUAAUCCCUUCACUAUUCCCGUACGCCAUUCUUCAGUCUUUGGUUCGUUACUUGCAGAUUCAGAGUUUGAUAUUCCCUAUGCUCGUUAGUUCGUUAGCUUCCCUAUGCAUCCAUGUGCCUCUUUCGUGGGUUUUUAUAUUCAAGUUAAAUCUCGGAAAUGCUGGCGCAGCACUAGCUAUCGGCUUCUCCUAUUGGUCGAACGUGAUCAUGCUUGUUCUGUAUGUGAAGUAUUCUUCGACGUGUAAGAAGACACGUGCUAAGUUCUCGCGGGAUUUGUUUCUGACUAUGGGAAUAUUCUUCCAAUAUGCUAUCCCUUCUGCAGUAAUGAUUUGUUUGGAGUGGUGGACAUAUGAGAUAAUCAUAUUGCUUGGUGGACUAUUGCCGAACCCGGGUUUAGAGACAUCGGUGCUAUCAAUAUGCCUCACAAUUACUACGAUGCACUUUCUUGUACCGUAUUCUUUUGGUGCUGCAGCAAGCACCCGAAUUUCUAAUGAACUUGGAGCUGGGAAACCACAGUCGGCUCGGGUAGUUCUCUCAGCUGUGAUGUUUCUGGCAAUGGUGGAGCUAGUUAUUGCAGUAACAGUUAUUUUCUUCUGCCGUAAUAUAUUGGGAUACUCGUUCAGUAACGAGAAAAACGUGGCCUAUUAUGUCAAAGAAAUGACUCCGUUUCUUUGCUUAUCCAUCGGCAUGGAUUGCAUAGUAGCAGCCCUUUCAGGAGUUGUAAGAGGCGGCGGGUGGCAGCGAAUGGGAGCUUACGUAAAUCUCGGUGCGUAUUAUAUAGUAGGUAUUCCGAUAGCAUUAGUACUAGGAUUCGUUUUGCACUUGAAAGGCGAAGGUCUUUGGGCUGGAUUAGUAGCCGGUGGAACAGUACAAGCUAUCCUUCUCGGCUUUAUAACGUCCCGUACUAAUUGGGAGGAACAGGUACAAAUUUUCCGACAACUUUUUGGCUUCGAUUAUUGCAAUAAAUCUUCUUACACUAAAUAUAUAUAUUUUAAAAAAAAUAUGUAUAUUUCAGGCUAGUGAAGCUAGACGACGAAUAUCUUAUGAGAAGACUUCGGUUCGGAAUGAGUUGGUUUGAGAGAAUGAAAGAUUGUGGAGAUACAUUUAAGUUCUUUCAUUGUCUGGUUGAGUUUGGCUAGGGAUAUAUAUAUGUUUUAUUUAUUUA